AUGCCAGAAACUAAUACUGUCGAAUUAUUAUCAUUAGGAAGUCCUAUUAUUCCUAUUAAUUAUAAAUUGGAUUUGGAGAUUGAUCCAGCCAAAGCUAAUUUUAAAGGUGAAUGUGUGGUUACUUUUAAUUCUAGAGAAAAUUUAUUCAAUUCAUUUAAAUUACAUGCCAAAGAUUUGGUUAUCGCUUCUGCCACCAUUGGUGAUUAUCAGUUGAAAGUUAAAUAUGAAAAGGAGCAAGAAAUUGCCAUUUUCAGUCAUGAUACUCCUAUCGAUGUCUCUAACCAUAAUGAAAUUUUGAUAAAAUAUGUUGGUAAGAUCAAUGGUAUUAAGACUCAUCAGGAUAAAACUGUUGGUGUUUUCAAGACAAAUUUUAUGGAUGAUAAAACUGGCUCUUCAGAUAAUGUAGUUGUAGCUACUCAUUGUCAGCCUUGUUUUGCAAGAUACAUAUUUCCUUGUAUCGAUGAACCUUCAAAUAAGUCAUCAUUUAAAUUGACCUUGAGAACACUUAAGAAGUUACAAGUGAUAGGUAAUACUAAAAUCGAAUCAAUUGCGAAUGAUUCACUGACUGAUUUCCAGGUUGUUAGUUUCACAAAAACUGUCUUAAUGACAACUUCAUUAUUUGGGUUUGUAAUUGGUGAUUUAGAUUUUAUUAAAACAGAAGUCAAAAUGCCAAUUUCUGGUACAGAUUUGCCAAUUGCCGUUUAUGCUCCCAACAACGUAGAAUUAGCAACAUUUACUUUAAACACCAUCCAAAAGUAUCUACCUCUAUUAGAAUCUUACUUUAAUAAAUGUUAUCCUUUAGAUAAGUUGGAUUUUGCAUUAUUGCCAUUUUUAAAUGAUAUGGCAAUGGAAAAUUUUGGUUUGGUAACUAUUCUUCAGGACCAUCUCUUAUUACCACCAAAGGCCUUGGGUAAUAAAUUUAUAAGACAACAGAGUCAACAAUUAAUUGUCCAUGAAUUGGUACAUCAAUGGAUGGGUAAUUAUAUAACAUUUGAUUCUUGGGAGCAUUUAUGGUUUAAUGAAUCAUUUGCUACUUGGUUAGCUUGCCAUUUAAUUGAUCAAGAAGGAGAUACCGAGAAUUAUUGGUCAAGUUUUGAAUAUUUGAAGCAAUUGGAGACGACCAUGGAGAGUGAUAUUGAUGUUAAAGCAGCUAAGAGUAUCUCUGGAUCUGCUAAGAAAAUCACAACUGUUAACCAAACAAGUGAUGCAUUUGAUGCUUAUACUUAUACUAAGGGUAUUACAAUCCUAAGAAUGAUUCAAAAAACAGUCGGUGAUGAAAUUCUUAAAGAAUCUCUACAAAAAAUAAUUGGCGAUGAGGAAAGAUUCCACGCAGUUAGUUGUAAACCAAUCGAUAUUUGGACUGAAAUCAGUAAAAUGAAUAAAUCUGAGAACAUUGUCAAUUUCUUCAGUAGUUGGACAAGAUUGCAAGGGUUCCCACUUAUCACGGUUACCACUGACCAAAAUUCUAAUACCAAAUUGACCCAACAUAGAUUCGUUAUUAAAGGCGAAACUGAUGAUGAAGAUAUUCCAUAUCACGUCCCAUUAUUUAUUUUAAAACGUGAUGGUACAAUUGAUAAUUCCAACGUCUUGAUGACAGAUAGAAGUAUAGAAUUAAAAGAAGCAAUUAGCUUGAUCAAUUCAGGUCACCAAGGUUACUACAGAGUUUCAUAUGAAAGUGAUGAACAUUAUGUUGAAAUUAGAAGACUAAUUGAAGAAGAUAAACUUGAAGUAGUUGAAGUUUAUAAAAUUAUGGAGGACUUAUGUUACGUGAUGAACAAUUAUGGUAAGGAAGUUCAUGAAUCUGGGUUAUUGACCUUGAUGGAUUGUAUUAUUGACAGAGAGGAUUAUUGGAGUGCCGUUUCCAUUGGAUUACAAAUGUUGUCGCAAAGAAAAUUAACUGAUAAUCUUAAAUAUAAAAAAAUGUUGGAUAAAUUAGUAAGUAAAAUGAACUGGAAUAGCAAGCCAAGUGAAUUGGAUGAAGAUAAAGUAUCAGUAAUGGCGCAACUAAUGUAUAUGUAUCGUGAUGAUAGUAAGAUGUAUGGGAUUGCGGAACAAUAUUGCAAGAAGUUAUUACAAGGACCUUCUAAUUCAAUUCACAACGAUAUGGUUGGUAGUGUUAUUAGCGUAAUAUCCACCAAGAUGAGUAUGAAACAGUACAAACAAAUUAUUUCAUUAACAAGUAACAAUGCAGGUAUUAUGUCCCAUAUUUAUCUGGGAGAACCACAGAGUGUUGUUACACAACUGAUUGAAAAUAUUGGAUAUUCAAGAAACUAUGAAAUUGUGAAAAAAAUCUUACAUUAUGUCAAUGACCAUAUCUCAACCAUUGCACACAUAGACAAGAUGUUACUUGGAGUAUGUAACAACCAUGGAGAAAUCGUUAAGGACAAAGAAACUGACGUUCCAAUCCACGAAAUGUUGUGGGAGUGGUUCACCACCCAGAAUGAUAAUUGGAACAAUAAAUGGAACAAAACCAAAAACGAAUAUUUGCAAUCCGGGAUAACUAAUGUAAGCGUAAUGGUACUACAAAGUGUAUUACCACACUCGGGAUCCCAGGUGUCACAAUACGUUAGUGAAAGACCAAAUGAUACAUUUUUACAGAAUGCAUAUAAAAUCGUUUCUAAAUCAUCAAUUUGA